GUUUAAUCGAAUCAUCAUGUGGGCCAACAAUCGACCAAAUGGAUCAACCUCAACCAACAAGGACAAUGGCUAUGUGUUUGAACAACAGAAUGAUGUCAGGAUGCACGAGCUAGGCUCAAAGCUCUCGGUCCUUAAGAAUAUUACACUUGAAAUGCAACAAGAUGUAGAGGAUCAGGACCGUUUACUAAAUGAGUCUCAAAACGCAUUUGGAGGGCUCGGAGACAACCUUCAGAACUCUUUUGGAAGACUGAAUCGCAUGGUUUCUACACGCCACAAACGGCAGAUGUGCUUUUAUGUAGGCAUUGCCUUAGCUGUGUUUACACUCUUUUAUGUCGGGUCUUCUUUGGCUUCGUGGAUGCCCUCAACACCGGCAGAAAAUCCUGUAGACUCUGGAGAACAGGAUAUUUAAAGAAACAAUUAGUAGUGAUGGUUUUGAAGGGGAUAAUAUACAAUCGUCGAGGGCCUAACACGCAUGCAUUCCUGUAAUGAAAUGUAUCUUUUUGUGACGUCUUUAGUAAUGGUUUGCUGCUGCAUAUGGCUUGGGAUAAAUAAAGAGCUUUUAAAUAGGAAGUCUAACAGUUCUAGUUUAAUGAACUGUAUUCCUUUUUUUUGUUAAAAAAAAGU